AUGUUAGUUACAUCGUCUACUAUUGUAGAUCCCACUUGGUGUCCAGAUUCAGGUGCUACCGACCAUAUUACUUCCGAUCUUAAUAAUCUACAUGUACAUGCUCCUUAUACAGAUAAUCAUGGUAUUUUACAUCGUUUAUCUUGCCCACAUACUAGUGAGCAAAAUGGCAUUGCUGAACGAAAAAUUCGUCAUAUUACGGAAAUUGGUCUCACUUUAUUGGCUCAUGCAUCUAUGCCACUACAUUAUUGGAGUGAAGCUUUUGAAACAGCCACAUAUCUUAUCAAUCGUCUUCCUACUCCGACAUUACAUCAACGUUCACCAUUCGAGACUAUAUUUCACUCUUCUCCUGAUUAUGCUCAUCUCAUAAAGACGGGAAUAAUCACAAGUUCAUCUGUUCUAGGCCGCCUCAUCGGACAUGAUUUCUUUGAAGGAAAGUUUACACCUGAAGAGAAACUAAUCCUAACCUCCCUCGAAUAUUUGAGCUUUUCCUUCUACAUGUUCUUAUUCGCCGUAAAGACAGAUCUUAACGUUGUUAGGAGUGCUGGAACAUUAACAUGGUUUAUAGGUAUAGCAUGUUCAAUUGUUCCAUUAGCAUUCACAGUAUUAAUGGCAUUCCUGUUUUCGAAUAAUAAGGAGGAAAAGGGUAAAAGGAUCUUGUUGGUUUUAUUAUCUGUAGCUUUGUCAUCAACGUCGUUCCAAGCUAUAUCUUCUCUUCUUAAAGAUCUCAAACUACUUAAUUCCGAGAUAGGACGUAUCGCAUUGUCGGCUUCCUUGUUAAGUAAUGCUAUUUGUUGGAUAAUCAGAGACAUUAGUAAUUUCUUCUUGUUUACAACAUCUUUUCAUUCUUCAUACCUUACACCGUACUUAUUCAAAUCACAAUUGUCGAGAGUUAUUGUGGUUGUCAUCGUAGUUUUUGUUCUCCGACCAUUAAUGAUUUGGAUGACAAAGAAGUUGUCCGAGGAUAAUGCUACGUUGAAGGAAUCAAUAUUCUUCGGAAUUGUUGUAAUGUUUCUUGUGAUUAUGUAUGUUUCGGAUAUUUUGGGUAUGACCAGUUUGUAUGGUGCUUUGUUUAUCGGUUUGGCUGUCCCAACCGGUCCGCCUCUUGGGACCGGGGUGGUUGAGAAGCUUGAGCUAUUUGUCACGACAGUUCUUUUACCGGCGUUUCUUAUGGAAGUUGGUAGGGAUAUCGACUUUUCCUCGAUAACGUUGCUACAUUCUCUCGAAGUAUCCUCCUUUGUUUUUGUAGCUUUUUGGGGGAAGUUUUUAACUGUUUAUGGCUUUUCUCGUUAUUGGAGGAUGCCUAAUAAGGAUGCUCUUACUCUUGCUGAAACCUUAAGCUCACGAGGGUUGUUUGACAUUAUGAUCUACCGACUACUUAUGAAAGCCACUAUAAUCAACGUUGAAGCUUACAGCAUCAUUACUUUGUUUGCGAUGAUGAAUGCAGCCAUUCAAACCCCACUAAUCAGUUACUUCUACGAUCCUUCAAAAAGAUAUGUUAACUAUAGAAGAAGAACAAUCCAACAUUUUGGACACACAGGUGAAACUCAAAUUCUCGGUUGCCUCCACGACGAAGAUCAAAUCCUCAGUAUAGCAAAUGUUUUCAUACGUUUUCAUCCAACCUUAGAAAGACCCUUAAGAGUAUUCAUAAUGGAUCUCAUGGAUCUUAGAGGACGAUCUCAUCCCGUCCUCAUCGACCACCAAUUCCACAAGGCAUAUAACGAAUCUUCGCUUCAACAAACACAAACCUCUCGAAUCAUCAACGCCUUCGUCCAGUUAGAGAUUUACUACCAAGGAGUUAUCAAGAACCAUUAUUACACCUCGAUCACUCCUUAUGCAUCAAUGCACGACGAUAUAUGUUCUUUGGCACUCGAAAAGGGUAUAAUGCUUCUCAUCAUCCCAUUCCAAAGGUCCGAUAGCAUCGCCUUAAGAGACAUGAAGAAGAAUGUACUCGACAAGGCACCUUGUUCGGUCGGUCUCAUCGUCGAUAAAAAGAUUAUCUCACAUUGGAACGAUAACAUUACACAAGGGCGUGAUCAAAUGAGUCAUGGCGUGUGUGUUAUCUUCACUAGAGGACCAGAUUCUAGAGAAGCACUUUCUUUAGGCAUGCGAAUGGCUAGGGACAUCACAGUCAAGCUAACCGUCAUUCGGAUGCUGGUAGAAGAGGAUCACGUAACCGAAAACUCAGUUGAAGAUAAUCUUGACAUCAAAUUGCUACAAGAUCUUGCUGAUCUUCAUAAGGUGAUUUCUGAACGAGUCGAGUAUAACGAAGUUGUGAGUAGGGACGCGAAUGAGACAAUGAGGGUGUUCAUUGCUCUCGAAGACAGUUACGAUUUAAUAUUAGUCGGAAGAAGAAUGGAUGACAGGUCUCCACUGGUGGCAGGACUUGGCGAUUGGAAUUAUUUUGAGGAGCUAGGAGUGAUCGGUGACAUGCUUGUUUCUUCCGACAUGAAGAGCACGGCAUCGAUCUUGGUGUUGCAACAACAAACAAUUGCUCAAGAUCACAUACUACACUAA